GAUAAUAAAACAAAAGCUCAGAAAAAUAUAGAACAGUCACAGUUAAAACAAAAAAAUCGACAUGAUAAAAACUUAAAGGAGGCACAAUUUAAACGAGGUGACUCAGUUUUAUUAUAUAAGAGCAAUUUACGGGACAAAAGGAAAUUGGAAGAGCGAUAG